AAUGCGUCGCCGAUCCCACUGCCCAAGGAAGCUACAUCUGCCACUGGCCAGCGGGCGCCAAUCACGUGCGAGUCGCCGAACGCGGUCGCGAGUGGCGCCAGCAGAGUCGCAUUUGCGAUCAUCAUCGAUCGCCAUGUACGUUCCCAAGUGGCAGCGCCGCUUGUACACUGCGCUCGGGACCUCGGUCCUCAUCUUCGUCGUCGCCGCGCUCCUCGUCUUCCUCACGAGCACGUCCAGCGGUGCUGGCCACAUUGACGCCUCCGCGCCUGGUGGUGUACCGUCACCAACGACAGCCGCGCCCCAGGUCUCUGUACAAGGCACGAUCGUCGAGCCAAGCGUAGUGCCGACACCCGCACCGACGACACCGACGCCAAGCACUAGUCGCGCCUUCGAAGCGCGGACGGCGCAGCCGCCGGGAACGUACCGUUUUAUCAACUACUGCAAUGGCACGGCGCAGAACGCGCUGUAUUGGCGCUGGCUCAAUGCGCCCGACCACGUAGCGCCGCUACCGUACGGCGCGUCGAUCGAUUUUAAGUUUUCGGACGUUGGCACGUCGGCGAUGGCCCGUCUCGGCGCGUCCGUCGACGCCACGUUGUUUGAGUUCAACUGGGAUGGAGCCCGUGUCUGGUACGACCUGAGUGUGGUGCCCGUUGCUUGUGGGUCGAGCUGGGACCUGUGCGCACCAGGGACGCACUCGUCUUUCAACGUCCCCGUGAGCGUCGAGGUCUUUGGUGUCGUCGAGCCAUCGUGUGUGAGCGCCUACUGUGCGAACGCGACGUGUCCGAGCAUCUAUCAAGUGCCCAACAGCCACAAGACGCACGACUGCGGUCCACUGACACGAUUUGUUGUUACGUUUUGUUAUGUGUAAACUGGGAGCUGUAGAUAGGGUAUUCUGAAGGCGGUAGGUAAUGCAACGAGCUCAAUGUGUAGGAGGUAUUUCAUCGCUGCCUCGUGCUUUGGCGCGACGCAAAAGAGGAUGUACCAAUGCAGCCCCGGACAUGACAUCGGGAGCACGCGCAGCAACGAAAACUGCGCCUUGG